GGCCCAAGGAGUAAGGGCAGCAAGAACCACACUCGCAACAAUGUUAAUGGAACUGGAGACCUCCGAGGGGGUAGAAGAGUCAGAGAAACAGAGGUCCGCCCCUGAAAGGGAAACCCCCAGCAGGAUGGCUGACCUCUCUGAGCUCCUGAAGGAAGGGACCAAAGAAGCACAUGACCGGGCAGAAAACACCCAGUUUGUCAAGGACUUCUUGAAAGGCAACAUCAAGAAAGAGCUGUUUAAGCUGGCCACUACUGCACUUUACUUCACAUACUCAGCCCUUGAGGAGGAAAUGGACCGCAACCAGCACCAUCCAGCCUUCGCCCCCUUGUACUUCCCCAUGGAGCUGCACCGGAAGGAGGCACUGAUUAAGGACAUGGAGUAUUUCUUUGGUGAGGACUGGGAGAAGCAGGUGCAGUGCUCUGAGGCCACCCAAAAGUAUGUGGAGCGGAUCCACUAUGUGGGGCAGAAUGAGCCGGAGCUGCUGGUGGCCCAUGCCUAUACCCGCUACAUGGGGGACCUCUCGGGGGGCCAGGUGCUUAAGAAGGUGGCCCAGAGGGCUCUGAAACUCCCCAGCACAGGGGAGGGGACCCAAUUUUACCUGUUUGAGAAUGUGGACAACGCACAACAGUUCAAACAGUUCUACCGGGCCAGGAUGAAUGCCCUGGACCUGAACCUGAAAACCAAAGAGAAGAUUGUGGAGGAGGCCAACAGGGCCUUCGAGUACAACAUGCAGGUAUUCAAUGAACUGGACCAGGCUGGCUCCUUGCUGGCCAAAGAGAUCGUGGAGGAUGGGCUCCCCGUGCACAAUGGGAAAGGAGAUGUGCGUAAAUGCCCCUAUUACACUGCUAACCAAGACAAAGGUGCCCUGGAAGGUAGAAGUUGUCCCGUUGGAACAGCCAUAGCUGUGCUGAGCAAGCCCAGCCUCCAGUUCAUUCUGGCCGCUAGUGUGGCUCUGGCUGCUGGCCUCUUGGCCUGGUACUACAUGUGAAAGACCCAUCACCACAUUGGCGCCCUCCUCCUGAGUGACUGCUGGCCUGCUCCCACCUCUACCUGUGACAAAACCACCACCCCAGGUGACUUUUUAAAAAUGCUGGGUUUGAGAAAAGCAACCAAUAAAAGCCAGACACUAAAGCCUCUGCCUGUUAGUGUCCUCUGCUGACAGAUGCUGAGCUGAGUAGAGGCCCACCCUUCCUGCAGCCGCCCAGGCUGUAGCACUGGGAACAGCCAGUGCAGCUCAGUGACCGGCCUGGGCCUCUGGAACCAGCUCUGCUCCUGGGCACCCACACCUCUCACCCUGAGGUUUUUCUCCUUUUGUUCUUCCUGCUGUGUCAUCAUUUAGGUGGGUAUCUUUCCCCUGCUGGGAGCGGAGCAGCCAGCCAGGCCAAGGCGAGGUGCUGUAGCCCUGUGGGAGGAAGGGACUCCCCGGAUGCUCCUGCUCUACUGGGGGGCUCACCUGGGCAUGUGGUGAGCAGAUAGAAGCCAGGCUUGCCUGGGCAGCCAGUCCUUAUCUGUCUCUAGCAGAAACCCCCAAGUGGGGUGCGUCCAGCCAUGGCCUAUCUCCUCCUGACCUGUGUCAUGCUACAGCACUCAAUAAAGUGGACUCUUGACAGCUGCCUCCUUCCUGGCACAGAUGUCAUCCUCGCUGGUCUCUGACAGCCUCCUCCUGCUGUGCUCCAAGACUGCUAGUUACCUUAUAAAUAAGCAUAAAAAACCA